ACAAUCAGCCUGGCCAGCCAUGCCCUCGCCGGCCCUCCGAGCAGCACUGGUGGGAGGCAGCAGACUGGAUCAAUGGUUAAGCCAGGGGAAAUCUGUCCCGCCGCAGGUUACUGGAAAGCAGCUUGUUGCAUCAUAGACGUCCACAAAAUGCCUUAUUUUACAAGACUCAUUUUGUUCUUGCUUUGCCUGAUGGUUCUUGCGGAGAGCAGAAAGCCCAAGAGGAAGAAAGGGUCAGGACAGCUGGAAAUGCCCAAGCCAAGUCACCUGUAUAAGAAGAACCUCGACGUGACUAAAAUCCGAAAGGGAAAGCCUCAGCCGCUCCUCAGAGUGGACGACCAUGACUUCACCAUGAGGCCUGCCUUCGGAGGCCCUGCCAUCCCGGUGGGCGUGGACGUGCAGGUGGAGAGUCUGGACAGCAUCUCGGAGGUGGACAUGGACUUCACCAUGACCCUGUACCUGCGGCAUUACUGGAAGGAUGAGAGGCUGGCCUUCCCCAGCACCAGCAACAAGAGCAUGACCUUCGACGGCAGGCUGGUGAAGAAGAUCUGGGUCCCCGACGUCUUCUUUGUCCACUCCAAAAGGUCGUUCACUCACGACACCACCACUGAGAACAUCAUGCUGAGGGUGUUCCCGGAUGGCCACGUGCUGUACAGCAUGAGGAUUACUGUCACUGCCAUGUGCAACAUGGACUUCAGCCACUUUCCCCUGGACUCCCAGACCUGUUCUUUGGAGCUGGAGAGCUAUGCGUACACAGAUGAAGAUCUGAUGCUGUAUUGGAAGAACGGGGAUGAAUCCCUGAAAACGGAUGAGAAGAUCUCCUUGUCCCAGUUUCUGAUUCAGAAAUUUCACACAACGUCCAGACUGGCCUUCUACAGCAGCACAGGCUGGUACAACCGUCUGUACAUCAAUUUCACGCUGCGUCGCCACAUCUUCUUCUUUUUGCUGCAAACCUAUUUCCCCGCCACCCUGAUGGUCAUGCUGUCCUGGGUGUCCUUCUGGAUCGACCGCAGAGCUGUGCCUGCCAGAGUGUCGCUGGGCAUCACAACGGUGCUGACCAUGUCCACCAUCAUCACGGGCGUGAACGCCUCCAUGCCCCGCGUGUCCUACAUCAAGGCCGUGGACAUCUACCUCUGGGUCAGCUUUGUGUUCGUGUUCCUCUCGGUGCUGGAGUACGCGGCCGUCAACUACCUGACCACGGUGCAGGAGUGGAAGGAGCGCAAGCUGCGGGAGAAGUUCCCGUGCGUGUGUGGGAUGCCUCAUUCAAGAACCAUGAUGCUGGAUGGAAGCUACAGUGAGUCUGAGGCCAACAGCCUGGCCGGGUACCCGAGAAGCCAUAUCCUGACGGAAGAAGAGAGGCAAGACAAAAUCGUGGUCCACCUGGCCCUGAGCAGUGAAUCCAACUCCUCCAGGAAGAAGGGGCUUCUGAAGGGCCAGGUGGGUCUGCGAAUCUUCCAGAACACCCACGCCAUCGACAAAUACUCCAGGUUGAUAUUCCCAGCCUCCUACAUAUUUUUCAACUUAAUUUACUGGUCAGUGUUUUCCUAGGGGCUCCAAGGUGUGGCUAGGAGAGGGCAUAGACACGUGCCGGGCUGGGCCUCGACAGGUAUCCUGCGUCACACUUCACAUCUCCCUGGGACCGCCGCCUUCUGCUCUUGUGAGAGAACUGGUUCACAAGAACUCCCCUGCUAUGCCCCCCAGACAUUCUAAGACCCUCAGGAAGCCUCGGAUGCAGGUGUGGAGGGAAGGAGAAAAACGAAGGACAAGCCUUGGGGCAUUCUGGAUUGGAGACAGGAAAGGGGGAGCGAGAAAUCUGCACACCCGUACAACUGGACUAAGUGCCUACCUAGGAAGGAAGAGAGCUCAGGUCCUAAGCAGGAAUGAUUUGGCCUGUAUGAGUUUGGCAGCCUAUGUGAUUUUGCAAUAUUAGGGGAGGUUAUUCAUUCAUCCAUCCAUUCAACCAUGCAUUGCGUACUGAGGCCCCACCCUCUGCCAGGUAUAUUUCUAAGCUGUGCUCAUCCUACACGUGGCAUAACGUAUUCCUGCCCUUCUGCCUCCCUCAACCCUGCUUACUCCACAGACUCAUCCUGUUUGCUGGUGCUCUUACUCCUCCGUCUGUCUAGAAAAGCAUUUCCAGUCUCCUGUGAGGCCCUCAUGAAGCCAGCAGAAUGCUUCUUUCCUGGAAUCUCCAUGCAGGGCAAGCCUAGGGCUUGGGAGAAGGGCAGAACUUGAGAAUUAGUGAGAGAACUUGGUCUUGGAGAGGAAAGGGAUGUGGUUCUUCUCUGCUUCUGGCUCUUCCCUUCCUGCCCCAGAAUAAUGUCCUCAAUAAUCCCUGCACCGAAGUCUUGGCCCUUCCUACUCUAACCAGAAGUGCCCACACUCCAGAAUGAUCUCUUUCUUACUCCUGCAAGUUAGUGACCCCUUCCACUGAGGCAGCUAAGCUCAGAGUGAGGAAAGCAAUCUGGUUAUUGAGUCUACACUAAGUUGUGACCAGCCGUUUCUCUUUACCCAGUUUUAGGUGAUUGUUAGGUUAACUUAGUGACUCUUUCAUUAGUGGAAUUUCGAGGAGGGAGGAGGGGCAUGUGCAAUAUACAUAACCUUUACACUUGUACCCCAUA